UCGACGGUUUUGGGUUUCUUCGUCUAGUAGAAUUAUCAAUUUGUCAGUGUGUCCUCCAAAAUUAGGCCAAUUAGCUAAGCUUUGGGGUAGAGCAGCGGCGGCCGUGGCGGAGGUGGAAGCGGCGGCCGUGGAGGAGCUCACUCUCGAGUCGGAUAGUUCGUAGUUACAGAUGAAUUUGCAAAGAGACUGUUCUUCUAGGUUAUAUAUAACACAAUUAGGAAUGGAUUAAGAAUAUCUGUUAAUGAUGUUUCGCGGAAGCUCUUUCGCUCCUUCGUUUAGUCGAGCCUCUCCUCUGUUCUCAUUCUUUACCAAAAUUCCAUUACAUUUGAAGUUUCAAAAUAAUCUCCGCAAUAUUCGUCAUUCGUUUAUUCACUACGAAAAUUGUAACCUGUUUCCAAAAUCUGUAUGUAAUAUUCAAGCCUACCGUUUUCCUAUGGAGAGAGUAUCCCGUUUUUGUAGCAUUACUCUCUCUGCAACACCGCUGGAUCAUCGCUCUUCUGCAUUUGUUAGUGAUAAUAGGAUUUCUAAUAAUGCAAGAAAAAAGGCGCGUCGGGAUUCGCCUGAGGGAGUACUCAGGUCGAAGUUAGAUAUGUGCUCAAAGCAUUGUAAUGUUGUUGAAGCCCUUCGGUUAUAUGAUGAGGCACGGAGUAAAGGGAUAGAGCUCAACCAACAUCAUUAUAAUGUAUUGCUCUAUUUAUGUUCCUCUGGUUCUUCUGUUGAAUCAAGUGAUGAUGAUGUAAAGGCGUCUAAUUUGCAAUUGAAAAGGGGUUUUGAGAUUUUUCAGCAGAUGAUUAUCAGUAAAGUUUCUCCAAAUGAAGCUACUUUUACAAACGUUGCAAGGUUAGCUGUUGCAAUGGAUGACCCAGAAAUGGCUUUUUAUUUGGUUAAGCAGAUGAAAGAUUCUGGUAUUCCACCAAGAUUACGUUCCUAUGGUCCAGCCUUGUUUGGAUUCUGUGAGAAGGGGAUGGCUGAUAGAGCUUAUGAAGUUGAUGCCGACAUGGCUGAAAAUGGUGUGAUACCUGAAGAGCCUGAGCUUUCUGCUCUUUUAAAACUUAGUGCUGAUGUCAAGAGGGAAGAUAAGGUGUAUGAACUUCUGCAUCGGUUGCGAGCUACUGUCAGACAAGUUACAGAAUCAACUUUUGAAAUUAUUGAGGGUUGGUUUAACUCUGAGGAUGCUUCUAAAAUUGGGGAAGUGAAGUGGGAUGUGAGCAAAGUGAAAGAAGGAAUUAUCAGGGGAGGUGGUGGUUGGCACGGUCAAGGAUGGCUGGGGAGCGGGCAGUGGAAUGUUGUGAAGACUCAAAUUAAUGAGAAGGGUGUUUGUAACUCUUGUGGCGAGAAGCUUGUUUGCAUUGAUAUAGAUCCAAGUGAAACUGAAAACUUUGCUACCUCAUUGACUAACUUGGCUUGCAAAAGAGAGGUUAAAUCAGACUUUGUUCGGUUCCAGGAGUGGUUGCAGCAACAUGGUCCAUUUGAUGCGGUUAUUGAUGGAGCCAAUAUUGGUCUUGUCACUCAAAAGGAGUUCAACUUUUACCAGCUGAACACUGUGGUUAGUAAGUUACGUCAACUGAGCCCAUCAAAGAGAUUGCCGCUUAUUAUUUUGCACAGAAGUCGUGUAAAUGGAGGUCCAGCUCAGAAACCGAAUAACAAGAAAUUGCUAGAAUUUUGGAAAAAUUCUGGUGCUCUUUAUGCUACCCCCUCUGGUUCAAAUGAUGAUUGGUACUGGUUAUAUGCAGCUGUUAGUUAUAACUGUUUAUUGGUCACAAAUGAUGAAAUGAGGGACCAUCUAUUCCAGUUGCUUGGGACUUCCUUUUUUCCAAGAUGGAAGGAAAAACAUCAGGUUCGACUUUCUGUCUCAAGGAGCGGGAUUUCCCUACGCAUGCCGCCUCCUUAUUCUAUUGUCAUUCAGGAGUCUGAAAAUGGCGGUUGGCAUGUGCCAACAAUCUCAGGGGAUGAUCUUGAAACGCCGAGGCAAUGGCUGUGUGCCACCAGAGCGAGAAACAAUCUACAUCCACUCUGACUGUAGAAUUUGUUGCAUCAACCGGCAUGUACAUGCAUUGGUGAGAUGAACUUAGAGAUUUUUAUUAUCGAAUUAUGGCCUUAUUUAUUUCAAUAUUAUUGCCGUUAAAUAUAGAAUGUAUUUUCAUCAUAAGACUUUAUUUUAUUUAAGUUAGAUUCUAAAAA